UUCGGUGUUCACAGUUUUGCUAUGAGCAAAUGCUGUCCAGUAAACCAGGAACAGCUAGCCAGAAGAAGCUAUUUGGAAAAUCUGUGAAGACCAGAGGAGCAGAAAAGUUUGUCAGAGUUUGAUACUGCCAGUGUGGCAUAUGGCAUCCAAGACAAAGCAGAUGAAACAAGACACCACACGCACUGGGAAAAAUAAGCAAGGAAUACUAACCAAGAAUGGAGAUACAUCCAAAGGAAUAAGCGACAUGGAAAUACUUGGCAAAGAGAGGAAAUCACACUUGCAGAAGGAAUACAAGAUUCUCAUGGAACAUAUGAACACAUACAUGGGAAGAGUGGAGCAUUUCCUGCAGGAAAAUAAAUUCCUAGAAAAGGAAGCCAAACGGAAUCGGGAAGAGAGCAACGCUUACCUCUCUUACAUAACAAAACACAGCCAGAAGUGCCAGAAUCUGAUAAUAGCAUUAAAUGACCAGAAUCACACUGAUCUGUCUCAAGUCUGGACACAGAAAGAGAAGCUAAUCUCACAGUAUACAGAAAAGGAGAAGGAGGUAAGGAGCUCUCUGAUGAAUAUGGAGACAAAGUACUCUAUUAUGAACAAGGAGGUCGAAGACCUGCAGCCUUUCAAAGAUCCAUCUGUUCACUUGGAACAGAUGAAAAAGAUUAAAGAGCUGGAGAAAGAAUUGAUGGUCACAAAGAUACAGCAUUCAGAUGAAAUGCACAAAAUCAAGAGCAGAUAUCUGCAGGCCAAGGCCGACCGUGAGGUAGACUUUCAUGAGAAGAUCCAGGUUCUCACCAAGAGAGCAGAAGUAGCAGCAAUACAAUCUCUAAUUCAGCAUAUCAAACAAGUAAAAGCAGAGAAUUGGCAUCUGCGCCAGGAAUUGCUGAGACUCAUCCAAUACUCAAAAAUCCUUAAAGAAACCAAAGUUCAACUGAGAGAGCAGCAGCAGCAGCUUCUUCGGGAGAACCAGUACACUCAGGACAUGGCACACAUACGCCACUGGUUACACCAACACAAGGCACACAAUGCAAAUGGCAAAACCUACAGCUGUUACAGCCCAUUCAGAUGUGGCCAUUAACCUUAAAAACCACUUCACUCACUCAUGCCAAUAUAUCAGUAGACAUAGCUGGACUGUCAGCUGUUGCAACUAUUAGUUAGGUAAAAGAGUAUACAGAAGUAAAUGUUCUGUGGGUAGAUAAAAGGAUUGAUUUACAUAGUUCAUGCUCAGCAUGCAAUCCAGACAACGGAUCUUAAAAGUAACCUCAGCUUUAACUUUCAUGACAUCUGUAUUAAGACAUUUGAAACUGCAAUCUCUUCAUAUCCCAAAAUAAACAAUGACAUUUUCUCUU